AUGUUCAACUCAUCACAGUCAAAUAGCACUAUUUUAGAUGCUUUAAAGGGAGAAAAUAGUACUGGUGAUUUAGUGAGUCUCGACGAUUACCUAACGAGUAUACUACCUUCGCAUUUCCAAAACUAUUUUCUCGAAGAUUUGGAGGCAUUCAGACAACAUACACCAAGUGAAUAUAUUGAUAAAUUGAUUAAAUCCGUUAAAGCUGGGAAGUUAAAUGAAUUUCCAUUGAACAAUAAUUUUAUUCAACAAUAUGAACACCUGAAGGGAUUAUCUUCAAGAUCGUCAUUUUCUUCAUUAUCAUUUACUCAAGGUUUGAUAGUUGGUCAAGUUAGUGUGAUCAUCAUAUUUGCCGUUUUUAUGAGAUUCUUUAUAUUUAGUGAAGGUUCUUCAAGACAUAAAAAUCCUCCUGUAAUUUCAACCAAUGCAAAUAAUUCAAAAAUAAUGUCAAACGUUUUGAAGAGAGGAGGUAAAAAUAGAUCAGAGAUACAAUCUUAUAGCUCUACUAAUGAUGAUUCCCAAAAUGAAAUGACCAUUCAAAUCAAUAAUAUUCUUCAAAAAACUUAUUAUGAUGUAAAUACACAUAAACAUGAAUCCCUUGAUUGGUUCAACGUCUUAAUUGCUCAGAUUAUUCAACAGUUUCGUGAUGAAGCUUACAAUAAAAAUAAUAUUUUGAAUUCAUUAAAUCUAUUUAUGCAAAAUAAUGCAACAAACUUACCUGACUAUUUAGAUACUAUUAAAGUUACAGAGUUGGAUAUUGGUGAUGAUUUCCCAAUUUUCUCAAAUUGUAGAAUUAAAAAGGAAAAAAGAAAGUUAGAAGCAAAAAUCGAUAUUGAUUUAAUAGAUAGAUUAUCACUAGGUGUAGAAACCAAGUUAUUGUUAAACUACCCAAAGCCCGGAUUUAUGGCAUUGCCAAUUAGUUUGACAGUAGCAAUCAUUCGAUUCCAAGGCUGUUUGACCGUAUCACUAACGAGAGGUGAUGAAUUUGUUGAGACAAACUCUCAGAAUGAAGAGAAAACAAAAUCAACAACAACAGAUGACUCAGAUGAUGAUGAAUUAGAUAAUAGUUAUUUCUUGAUGUUUUCCUUUUCUCCAGAGUAUAAGUUUGAAUUUGACACGCAAUCCUUAAUAGGUGAUAAGUCAAAAUUAGAAAAUAUUCCACGUAUCCGUAGUCUGAUUGAAUAUCAAAUUAAGAAAUGGUUUGUUGAACGUUGUGUAGAACCGAGAUUCCAAUUCAUUAAAUUACCAAAUAUUUGGCCUAGAAGUAAAAACACUAGGGAAGAAAAACAUAAUGAGGAUAAUAAUGCCAAAGCUGCUUAA